GAGGAAGUCCAGAGAGAUUGUUUUACAGGACUCUGGGCAGAGCUGGCGCAAGCGAGAGAACGUGAGAAUAGACGAGCGCAGUGAGAGGCUGGAGUAAGAAUUAGAAAAAGUAUCAAGGGAAGAAAGAGUCACAAGGACAGAGGAAGAGCUCUGUAGCGGGGAACAUAAUCACACACAUUGCCAGGGCUCGCAAAGUCACUGCGGGUGGAAUCAUGGCCUCUGUGCUACUUCAAUCUUUCUGUUUUCUUGGUAUCCUAUCAACACUCAUACUUGAAGCUUACUCGCAAGAGUUUAACACAGUUUACAGGGUAUGUGCACGAGGCUUCUUCUUGAGUGAGCAGGAGACCUGUCUGCCCUGUAAUUGUAAAGGGCAUGCCGAUAGCUGUGAGGACAUCACUGGAAUAUGCAUUGAAUGUCAGAACCACACUGUUGGAGAUUUCUGUGAACAGUGUGAAGACGGCUUUUUACCUGCAUAUCUUCCUGACGGCACCUUCAGUUGUAGACCGUGUGCCUGCCCGCUCUCACUGGAGUCUAACAACUUUGCAGCCCACUGUGAUAAAAGGGGUGAUAUUCUGAGAUGUAUGUGCCAGGAAGGGUAUGUUGGACACUACUGUGAGAGAUGUGCUCCAGGUUACUAUGGCAACCCCAUGAAGGUGGGCGACUCCUGUAAAAAGUGUGAUUGUAAUGGUAACUCUGACCCCAACCUGAUCUUCAACGAGUGCAACAAUGUGACAGGCCAUUGUUUGAACUGCUGGGGUAACAUCGCCGGGGACAACUGUGAGCGAUGUGCACCAGGUUUCUAUGGUGACGCCAUCAGUGCCAAAGACUGUCAGGAGUGUACGUGUAAUAAAUGUGGUACUGCAUCAUGUGAUGACAGGACAGGUGUGUGUCACUGUAAGCCUGGGGUCACAGGUCAUCUGUGUGACAGGUGUGAGGAGGGUUACUCUGGAUUUGGCAGCUGUAUGGGAUGCCAUCGGUGUGAAUGUGCCUCUGCAGCUCUGCGUGCCACCUGCCACCCUCUUACGCACAGUUGCCAGUGCCGCCCGGGGGCCGGAGGCCGGUAUUGUGAACGAUGCCUGCCAGGAUUCUGGGAUUACAGCACAUCCGGCUGCCAAAAGUGUGAUUGUCCAGAGGAGAAUUGUGACAUGCACACAGGAGAGUGUCUGCCUGAGGCCUCACAAAUCAGCGAGUGCAACAUCAACUGUGAUGCGUGUAUCUGGAAUCUGAUUGGAGACAUCCGUCAGUCCAACAAAACUCUGGACAAGGUCAGAAACAGCGUGCUGAACAUUUCUUCAGGAGCUGCUGCCAAUGACCGGUUAAAAUACUACAACUACACAGCGCACAGACUACAGGCUCAGUUUGUAGGUUGGAGGAACAAGUCUGCAGUAAUGAGGUCUGAUACAGGACACCUGGAGGAACAAACCGCAGAGCUGCUUACUGAAAUGGAUCUGCUUACAGGAGCGGAGGAAGCGGUGAAAUCAGUGGGAGAGCAGGUGGAUCAAGAGACCCUUGAAAGCUCCACGCUAGCGAAGACACUUAGUGCUAACCUCUCAUUUCUCAAUGUCCUCAUAGAGGAUAUGAUCAGGGAUUGGGAGUUGUACAGUGUCCAUCAGGAUUUGGAUCCUGAGGUGAAGAGGCAGAAAACAGCAGAGGCUGAACGUAUCUUGGGCUGGAUGAGGAUUCUGAACCUCUCACCCAAAGAACCGCUUGCUACUGACGAGUCUUCCAAGGCCCAUGAAUUGCUACGGCGUGUGCGUCUGCUGGAGAAAACUCUGAUGACUACGCGGGGGCGUCUGUCACCUGUGCGAGAGGUGCUGGGUCGAUUCGCUUCCAGACUUUCUCAGGCUCAGGAUCUCCUCAACAAAGCAGAGGACUCAAUGCAGCAGACACACAGCAAAUACAAAACCAACCAGCUCAAACUUCUGAGGAGAGAGGCACAGCAGCAGCGUCUUAAAGAGACCUACGAAGAUGUCAAUCAGACCCUUGCUACUACUGAGGAAAUUAUCUCUGUGGCAAAUUUGACCGUCAUCGAGAUGGAAGAUAUGGUGAUGAAUGUGCGACAACAACAUGCUGAAAUCGAUGGGGCCAAUGUGCUACUGGAAAGGAAGACAGAGAAGCUGUCUAUGUCAGACAGAGAUCUAGUGCUGAGAGCUGAAGACCAUGCAAAUGAACUGGAGAGACAUGCCGAAGAACUCAAAUAUAAUCUGAAAGGCAGUGACGCAAACGGACAUGUGCAGAAAGCCCUGAGCGCCUUGAACGUAUAUGAUAAUAUCGUCAAAUACAUCAAUGACGCAAACAUCACUGGCGUGACCACUCUCAACAUCUCCAGCAGGACUCAUGAUGCUAUUGAUGGAUUAAACUCUCAAAUGAACAUCCUGAGUCCUCAGAGUGACAAAUUGUUAAAAGAGGCAACGUCCCUACGCUCUGAACAGAAAGAGGUUGAAUCCACUGUGCUCGACAACAAGAAAUACAUAGAGGAGACCAAUGAGAUGAUGGAGAGCUCUUCGAAAAAACUAGCUAAGAUCAUCAGUGACAUCAAUGCAAUUCAGAAAGAUCGGACACCAAAGCGUCUACAGUUCACUCAGGAAGUGGCUGAGGGCACUCUGAACCGCUCGGCUGAUGUGUUGCAGAUGGUGACACCCAUUUUAAAGAGAGUAGAAGAGUGGAAGGACAACAUGAAGAAUGAGGCGUAUUCCCCUGCAGCAUUUGAACGCUCUGUGCUGUCAGCUGGCGAGGCGGUGGAGGACCUUUCAGAGAUUGUGCCAGAGCUUCUCAAUAAGCUGCGUGUGGUCGAAGUGAAAAGACCUGUGAAUAAUGUCUCCACAAACAUUAUGAAAAUCCGAGAGCUAAUUGCUCAGGCACGCAGCGUCGCCAAGAAGGUGCAAGUGUCCAUGAAGUUUAAUGGCCAGUCUUCCGUGGAGGUUCAUCCGCACUCCAACCUAGACGAGCUCAAAACUGUGACGUCUAUCAGUUUCUUCAUCAGAGUGGACCCAGACAAAGACCCCAUAGAAGACCGCUUCCUGCUCUACCUGGGAGACAAGCAAGGACAAAAGGACUACAUGGGACUGGCCAUAAAGAAUGAUAACUUGGUGUAUGUGUACAAUCUGGGAGGAGAAGAUGUAGAGAUUCCCCUCAGCUCAAAGCCGGUCAGCUCCUGGCCUCCUGUCUUCAACCUUGUUAAAGUGGAGAGGUUGGGUCGUCAUGGUAAAGUGUUCCUAACUGUUCCGAGUCAGGACACCACAGCAGAGCAGAAGUUUAUCCAGAAAGGAGAGGCAGAUGGAACUGACUCCCUGUUUGACCUUGACCCUAAAGACACUGUCUUCAUUGUGGGAGGAGUGCCAGCUGAUGUGAAGCUUCCUCCAGCUUUGAGCUUGGCUCCUUUUGUUGGUUGCAUAGAGUUAGAGAACUUGAACAGUGAUGUCAUCAGUUUGUACAACUUUAAAAAACUUCACAAAAUGGAUGUUGUGGCAACAAUGCCUUGUCCCAGGCAUAAGUUGGCUUUCUCUCAGAGUCGUGUGACAAGUUAUUUAUUUGAUGGCACUGGCUAUGCUUUAGUCAACAACAUUGAGAGAAGAGGCAAAAUUGGCAUUGUCACUCGAUUUGAUAUCGAAGUGCGAACUGUUGCAAACAACGGCGUACUCUUCCUAAUGGUUAACGAGACAAAUUUCUUUGUGCUGGAGCUGAAAAAUGGGUUUCUACGUCUGAUGUAUGACUUUGGUUUCACCAAUGGCCCUGUCAUAAUGGAGGAGAAUUUAGCCAAACUCCACAUCAACGAUGCCAGAUAUCACGAGGUGUCUGUAAUAUAUCAUCACACGAAGAAGGUCAUUCUGCUAGUGGACAGAAGCCAUGUCAAGACCUUGGAAAAUGAGAAGAAACCAUUACCAUUCUCUGAUAUCUUUAUUGGAGGAGCUCCUUCUAGCAUUCUGCUUUCUAGGCCAGAGCUGUCAACUCUGGUGGGGUUGAAGGGUUGUGUGAAGGGAUUCCAAUUCCAGAAGAAGGACUUCAAUCUCCAGGAGGAGCCAGGAACCAUAGGGAUCAGCAGUGGAUGCCCAGAGGAAUCAUUUAUGUCCCGUAAAGUAUAUUUCACAGGUGAGGGCUACCUGGGAUCCACAGCUAAAAUUUCACCAUUCCAGACAUUUGAGGGAGGCCUGAACUUCAAAACCCUACAGUCCAAUGGACUCCUAUUCUACCACAAAGAUGGGUCAGAUGAGUUUUCUCUCUCACUGGAGAAUGGUGCAGUGGUACUCCAGUCCAAAGGGACCAGAGUUAGAUCACAUAAGAAGAAUUACAAUGAUGGACGAUCUCAUUUCCUGGUUGCAACCGUAUCAAAUCAAAAGUAUGAACUUAUCAUUGAUGACAUAGACAAGCAGGAGAAGAAGAAGCCAGCCUCCACGUCUCAGUCAGAUAACACUCUGAAGAGUUUCUACUACGGAGGCUCUCGUACAAGUUCUAUACAGAAUUUUACUGGCUGCAUCAGUUACGCUUACAUUAGCAGGCAGGAUAGAGAUAUAGACCCAGAAGAUUUCCAGCGAUACAGUGAGAAUGUGCAGGUGUCACUACAGGACUGCCCACUGGAGAGACCCCCAGCUUCUCUGCUCAAUAAAGAUAGCAGAGAUUCCUCCAGACAAAGGCCAGGGCACUCCCGCAAGGUGGGCAGGAAUGAGCCCAGCCUACCACAUAGCUUGAAGAGCAAUCCUUUGGAUGUUCCAGAGACAGAGGAUGCUUCCUGUUACCUGUCCUCCCGCCCAAGAGUUACCCACAAUGCCCACUACUAUGGAGGCUUCGCUCACAGCCACCAUGAGUACACAGGCAUUGCCAAUGCUAUCAGAGAUGAAUCUUACUUUUCUCUGUCUCUGAAGACAAGUUCAGCAUUUGGUCUCGUCUUCUACCUGGCUGACGAAUCUGAGCAGAACUUCAUGGCUCUGUUCCUCACUCAUGGCAGACUUGUGUUCACCUUUGGCUCAGGCCAAAACAGCGUCAGAAUUAGAACCAAAGAGAAAUACAACGAUGGACAGUGGCAUUAUUUUGUCCUUAUCAGAGAUGGGAAUAUGGGCAGACUGAUAAUUGAUGGUCUAACAGUAUUAGAGGACAAAGCUCCAGGUGGAAACAUCUCACUGCUAGUCCACGAUCCUCUCUAUGUAGGUGGGGUGCCACCUGAACGGGCUCAGAAAAACAUUCAGAAGACAUCUGUGUCUAGCUUCUCGGGCUGCGUGCAGUCUCUCAAACUGAACAGACGCUGGUUUACCUCGGCCUCCCACCGUUUUGGGGUCACACCCUGCUACGAGGGCCCCUCCGAACCUGGGACAUACUUUACUGAGGAGGGAGGAUAUGUGCUCCUGGAUGACUCUUUUACAUUUGGACAAAGAUUUGAGCUGGUGAUGGAGGUGCGCCCCCGCGUGGCAUCUGGAGUGCUGCUGCAUAUGUUCACUGGAGAGAAGGAGUAUCUUACCAUGUACAUCUAUCACAGCCAGGUGUUUGUGGUGGUAAAUAAUGGAAUUCGUGAGUUCUCCACACACGUGUCUCCUAGACAGGGAAUCUGUGAUGGAAACUGGCACAAGAUUACAGUGAUUAGAAAUGGAAACGUGGUGCAGCUGGAUGUGGACUCAAAGGGGAAUAAAGUUGUGGGGCCUGUUAAUCAAACAGCAGAGAGCACCAGCCCUCCAGUGUUUAUUGGAGGAGCCCCAGCCUCCAUGUUGCCUGAGAGUCUCCUCAGCAGGAGGGGCUACACAGGCUGCAUAAGGAACCUGUCUGUGAACGAGUCUCCUGUGAGCUUCAGUAAAGCGGCCUUGGUCAGCGGUGCAGUCGGUGUGGGCACCUGUCCUGCUGCCUGAGCGACUUCCACUCUGGGUCUCAACAGCAACAGAACCAAACCUUUGUUAAUGCUUAUCUACCAAUAAAGUAUAAAGCAGCAUUGAUGUCUCUAA